GCCCAAUCCACCCCGUCAUCUCUAUCUCUCUCUGUUUUAGGGUUUAUGCCGUGCCAGAAGAACUAAUCCAGCUGAACUGAGAAGAUCAUCUUCUGAUUCAAGCAGAACACAACCAAGCAAUUCGUUGAAUUGAUAGCAUCAAUCCAGCACUUGGAUCCCUCACCCAUGGCAUUGUUGAGAAAUGUAGCGAAGUACCACCUUGGAUACGCCCUCUGCAACAGGCUUGCAGGUGGUGCUUUGCUGGAAAGAGGGUUCAGCAGCAGCAGCGGCGCGGGCUCAGCAGAUCAGAUGAGCUUGAUCAGGCAGCUGAGGGAGAGAACGAGCGCCCCGAUUAAGGAGGUGAAGGCUGCCCUCAUAGACUGCCAGUGGGACAUCGAGGAGGCCCAGAAGGAGCUCAGGAAGAGGGGCAAGGUCCUGGCCUCAAAGAAGUCCUCGCGUGCUGCUGCUGAGGGAUUGCUCGCGCUUGCCCUGGAUGAGAAUAAGGCGGCUCUGAUAGAGCUAAACUGCGAGACGGACUUCGUAGCAAGGAAUGAGAUUUUCCAGUACUUGGCAUUGGCUCUGGCGAGGCAGGCUCUUCUGGUAGAGAAUCCUUCUCAACAAUUUUCUGAGCUUUUUACUGUUGGGCCUGAGGCCUUGGAGGAAAUGAAGCUAAAUCUUGAUCAUCCCAAAAUCAGUGGAGAAACUACCGUUCAAAAUGCAAUUACAGAAGUAGCUGCCAUGAUGGGAGAGAAUGUAAGAUUUAGAAGAGGUUAUACCAUGAGUGCAUCUUCCCAUGGCGUUCUUUCUACCUACCUUCAUACUAGUCCAAAGCCUGGUCUAGGUCGUAUUGCUGGAAUUUUGUCACUUGAAGUUGAGAAUGGUAAUCCCCAGAUUGAGGCUGUUCAAUGCGUUGGUUCAGAAUUAGCUAUGCAUAUAGUUGCAGCAAAUCCACUGUUUUUGACAAAGGAGCUCGUUUCUCCAGAUGCAUUAGAGAAUGAGCGCGAGUUUUUGAAGUCUCAGGCAGUUCCGGGGAGACCUCAAAAUGCCAUAGACAAAAUGGUAGAAGGUCGUUUACGCAAGUACAUGGAGGAGGUGGUUCUUAUGGAGCAGAAAUUUGUCGUAAAUGACUCUGUCAAUGUAAAGACUCUAAUGGAUAAUCUUUCCAAGGAAGUGGGAUCACCUGUGAGGAUCGGAAAUUUCUUCAGAAUGGAAGUUGGAGAAGGAAUUCAGAGGCAUCAAGUGUCAGGCACAUCUGAACCUCUUGCUCAGGCAGUUUAGUUUGAGAAAUUAUCGUCAUUGGUGAUGCCAUUAGAGGUCGAGUCACAUCAAAGGUAGCACUCGGGAACUGAAAGAGGUAGGGUCUCACUCUUGAGAUUUAAAGGAAUUUUUGUAGAAAUACUGGAAUGCGGAGAGCUCCAUGCACAAAGAUCAAAGGUGGUUUUAUGCAGCAUUCGGUAUUGAUGAUUUUUUUUUUUUGGUCAGAUGAAGUUAGCAAUAGUUGCCGAUAUAUAUCUCUAGCUUUUUUUCAUUUGAUUCCGCAGUCAGUAAAUUGUCUAAUAAUGAAACAAUUGUUGUGCAUCGACAUCUGACCUGAUGUUUACAAGUCAAAAAAUAGAAAACUUAUGCAUCUUUCCUUUGGGGUAGAGAUCUCCAUAUGCAAUUCAGACCA